GGAAGAAGAGCUGGACGAGCAGAGAGAGGGACAGGCUCUGUCGGUGAACACAUAAUAAUAAUUAUUAGUAAUAUUAUUAUAAGAUAUUUCUGGGAGGUGGAUAGGUUAUUUUUUGACGACAGAUUUUUCCUCAAGAAGAGUGGAAAUGGACGCCUUGCGUUUUGUUUUUUUCCUGGUCUGUGCCUGCUUUGCUUAUCAAGCUGAUGGACGCAAAACAUUUGCUGACAUGUUCCCUCACAAGCAUGUAGGGAAGUUACCUUUUCCAAUCCCACCAAUCCCUGGCUGGGACCCUGACACCAACCCCUGGGAUGAUUACCUCUACCCUCCACUAAACCCAAAGCUGCAAGCUCUCUCACGCCACAAAGGCAAACCCAAGGUUCGACUGACCAGCGACAGCCCGGCUCUCAACGGCUCUUGCGUCUCCUUCACUGCGAAGCUGGAGUACCCUCCCUGUCAGAAGGAGGAUGCCAACGGGGACCUUGUGUGGGAUGAUCACUGUGAGGACGGUACGGAGCUCGAGGCCUCAGCCAAUGGACAGGUGCGUUCUGGCUACGUGUACAACUGGACUUCCUGGCUGGACGACUAUGGUUUUGGAAAGUGUACGGAUAAGACGAAAUGCAAUGUGUUCCCUGAUGGCAAGCCCUUCCCUCAGAGCAAUGACUGGAGGCGCAAGAGCUACGUCUACGUGUGGCACGCCAUGGGCCAGUACUACGAGACGUGUGAUGGCUCCUCCUCCAGUUUGACCAUCAACACCACCACCAUCCCUCUGGGUGCAGAGGUCAUGGAGGUCAUGGUCUACAGGAAACGUGAGCGCAGGAAGUACAGCCCCCUCACCACUGACAACACCGUCUUCUAUGUCACAGAUAAGAUCCCAGUGGCGGUCAACAUCUCCCAGAAGGCUGCGGUCAACCAGUCGGACAAUGUUUUCUUUCGUGGUGAGGACGUGGUCUUCAAAGUCCAGGUCCACGACCCCAGCGGCUACCUCAAAACCGCAGCCUCCAUUGACUACAUCUGGGACUUCAGAGAUGGCAACCAGCUGGUGACACACCGCGACCUGACCACACACAACUAUAACACGGUGGGGAACAUGAGUGUGAAGCUGGUGGUGGAGGCAGCGUUCCCUAUGGAGUGUCCGCCAACCCCUGCCACCCCGACUCGGAGGAGCACCACGCCACCACCUCCUACAGAGGCUCCCACACCUCCACCCAUCACUCAUGCUAUGACUGUCAAGAUGGACACCACACAGGUGCCACCCAGCACCAGCCAGCCCCUUCCUGCCUCCUCUGCCAUCGUCAUGACAACGGGCGUGCCCACCACGGAGCCCCUGCUGACCCCAGAGUCCAACCCCACCACCCUGGCCUGGCUCCGCAACAGGAACUUUAAAAGAAAUGGGUGCUUCCGCUACGUCUAUGGGACCUUCACUGGCAAUAUCACCAUUAUUGAGCCCAAGCACGCACUGCACAGACAGCCAAACAGCCGUAUUGUGGACGUGUCGGCUGCCAGAGUGACCGACACUGACAUCAGCUUCCUGGUGAAAUGUCUGGGCAACAUCCCCACUUCAGCCUGCACCAUCGUGUCAGACCCCACCUGUACUCAGGUGCGUGGCAUUAUGUGCGAUGACGUGCCGCCCUCUUCAAAAUGUGAAGUGCGUCUCAGGCGAACAUUCCCGGAGCCUGGCACCUACUGUGUCAACAUCACCCUGGAAGACUCCAGGAGCCUGAGCCUGACCAGCACCACUGUCACCAUCAACAAGUCCCAGGAUACACCUGUGUCCAAGACUUCUCACACUGCAGAGGUGGUGCUCUCCUCGACCGCUGUGCUGGCGGCUGUCUUCGCAUUCAUUGCCUAUCUGGUCUGCAAGCGCUACAAGGUGUACCGUCCCAUUCGUAGGUCCCUGGUGGAAGAUGCAAGCGGGAAUGCUGGGGUCAGGGGUCGCAUGAACCGUCUGAAGGAGUCACUCUUCCCCUCCAGCGAGGAGAGCCACCACUUGCUGACUGAGAGGCGCCCCCUGUAGGCUUUGUAGAGCUGCUCCAAAGCAUUGCUGCCCUCAAUGGCAAGAAGAAAAAGCACAGUUGACAUUAAUAAAUGAAAGCACAAGUUAAAUUGUUAAAAAGCCAAUUCAGCAGGAAGCCAUUCAUGUCUGUGGCAAUAUAUUAGUAAAGAAUUCUAAUGCCUUGUUUGUGUCUUAAUUAUAGUUAAAGUGUUGGCUACAGCUACAGCAGUAUAUGAUUAGCAGGAUGAUUUACUAAAGAGGCUGUUAAAUGUCUGACUGAGGCACCGCUCCUUUUGAUCUCCUUGUGCUGGCUCAUCAUUGCAUAAACUAGUUGCUAGGAGAUGAAUUGGGUUCAAGUCGUGGCUGAAAUGCUUUUGCGUGAAUUUUGUGCCAAGUGUUGUCUUACACUACUGCGCCUUACACUGUGAUGAGAAAUUUGAAAUCAUUGAGAUAGUUUGCCAAUAUAACAUUUUUACUACUGGUGACAUGUGCGUGCUCUUCUUCAGUCGGAUGAAUUAAAAUAAAAAAAAAUUUAAACUGUUACUCAAAAACUAAUUCAAGGAAAACACUGGAAAGUUGAGUUGACUCUAAUAAAGGUUGUGAACUAAUCACUCAUCUUUUGAAGACGGAUAUUUCUCUUCAUGUCUUUAUAAUAUGAACCUCGCUUUAGUGCCAUCACAAAUGACCAGCAGAAUAUGAUUCAAGGUUUGGCGGCUAAGUGGUAGAAAGAUAUAUUUUUUUUAACCAUUCACUUCAGUCAGUGAAGAUUGAAGCUUUUGAAAGCCUAAAUGACGGCAACAAAUCCACCAUGGCAAGAUAACUUCCCUAUACCCUAACAGUGAGGCUAGAAUAUUUUACACCCUCACCUGCAUACAUAUGGAUACAUACCAUCCUGUACAUACUUGUUUAACAUACUAAUUCUAAACAGGCCUAUAGUAUGCAGUGUGUUCACACAAAUGAAAUGGAGAUGCUUCUCAAAGUUGGGGGGAAAAACAUACUAUGGAGAGCAGUAAAACAGCUCAGAAUGUCAAAAAAAUUGGAAAAACAUUUUGCUUUUGCGUGAAGUCACAGUUUGAUAUAUGAAACUCACUGUUAGUAUUAAAACAUAUAUACUUUUAUAAAGCAAGUCUGUUGCAGUCUUGUAUACUUAUUGAAAAAAUACUAUACAGAGUAGUGUGUGGUGUUACAUGCAACUGUAUGUGGUAUAGAUUUUAAGAUGUAGCCCGCUACUGUAGAACAUGCUAUAAAUUCACGACGUGAGCACACCAUCAAGUCUCUCUUAUCCAAGAACUUAACCAAACUUGUUCCAAAAUUAAGUAUUAGUGAUCAACAAUGUGAGUGACUUCAAAAUGGCAUAGUGUCCCUGGUUUGUGCCAUAAAGCAAUAUAUGGUUACUCCUUUGCAGGGGUGUCAAACAUAUACGGCCUGAUCUGGCCCACUGGAUGACUUAACACACCUAAUAUCAAUUCACUUGAGGGCUACGAGGUGCCAAGUUAAAUAGUGAGUAGCCCAUUUCAUGUAAAAAAAAAAAAAAAAAAAAAAAAAAAAACUGCACCAGAGGCUUCUCCACCCCGACCACAAUACAGUUAUCUGAAAAAAGAAUGUAUACUUAUUGUGGUCAGAUUUAAGAUGUUGAACGUUGUGCAAAAUAUUGUCAACCAGCAGCUUCAGUACAAACGAUUCUGUAUCAGACUCCUAUUUUUAAUCAGGAUUGGCUGAACCCCGUUGCCUAAGCACUGCCAAAAAUUUGAUUUGUAAAUGGUUUGUUAAGGCAGGAGACAUCACCUGCUUCCUCAAUAGCUUCCACUUAAGUUUGGUGUGGUGAUGUCAGCAUCACUACAGAGG